AUGGGCUGUUCCAUUCAAAAAAAGAAUCUUACACUAUCUCAAUAAAUUAUCAAAGUAUACGAAAUUAUUAUUUCCCAGCUCUCAUCAGAAAUAACUCAAAUCCCUUAAACUUCUAAAGAUGCUACUGAGCGGUAAUAAAAUUUGAACACUCUGAAAUCUUUAUUACACAACCCAAAUUUUACCAUUUCAUAGGUUAAAUGCCCUAAUUUCAGAAAAAGAACCAUGCAUCCACAAAAAUAAUGA